CAGGGCUUGAAGAUGCGUCCCAGCGAGGCCAGUUUGCUGUUUCGUCGUAUCGGAGGCGUGUGGACCCCAGUCACCAGACAACCUGUCCUCAGCACUCUCUGCUGGUCCAACACGUCUACUGCAGCCACAGAGAACAAAAAGACGAAGAGGGUUCCGAAGAGCAGCUUCUCUGCAUCCUUCAGGGACGUUUCUGAAGUCUGAUCUGCGAGGGAUUAUCCAGAUAUAGGAGAAGCAGCGAGCGGCCGGCGUACUCAGGUGCGCCAGAGACCCAGUGUGACAUUAUUGCAUCUGCCAACGUGCGAAUUAAAUCACCCAGAGGAGGGCCGCUCCAGAAAAGGCGCAGUGGUCAGUUGACGGGAGACAGGUGUGACUCCAGUAUGUGAGAAACAGAAAGCUCAUUAGAGACGAGUUGAAAGGUGAGUGUUGUUUCCCCCAUGAAUCAGCCAGUCCGGCAGCCACUGUGUGUGUAAAACUCACCGCUCGUAGGCGGAGGCAAUGACUCUUUCCCCUCCCACGCGAAACAUCCCAUAAUAGACACACUUAUGUAAACGAAGAAAUGUAGUAAUAUUGAUGGGGUUUUUCACCUGCACCCACUUUAUACUACGAGGCCCCUGUAAACUGAGCAGAAAUCCUUUGGUUUUCUAGCUUUGCCCUGAAGGAAGGUCUGGCUCAGGGGCCACGUGUGGCUGCCUACUUUACUACAAGGUCACUGGAAGCUACAUAUCUUAGCAUACAUAAUUGGAUUUGGUUUUCAAUUCGCCAUAAAAACACUCAUUUAGUGAACAAAUAUAUGCAGUUCACAGGCUGCAUAUGCACUAGGAAGCAAAGCUUGCAUCAACCUCAUGAAUCAUUUCUGAAUGUUUACAUUUCAGCCUCUCACCUUGACCAUUUUAAAAAGCCACAUUUCUCCAUGUUUUCCCGACUUGGUGAGAAGUCACACAGCAAACCAAGUUCUUGUCAUCAGCAUGGCUGAACAUUCACAGCCAAACAGAGGAAGUAAUGAGAAGAACGUGGAAUGUUCAAAACACUCUUGACAAACUGUGGACCAAUUGGAGAAGGUCCUGAGGAUCACAUGGCUCUUCUCAGUCAUUUUGCAGCCAUCGAUUGCAGCCAUAUUUGUGUCUAUUUUUCUUCCUAGUAUACAUUAAAUUGUACAUUUUUUGGGGGAAGAUGGGACGCGACAAUUGAAGCAUGCUGUGCAGUGUUUUGAGUGAGUCAGCUCAGUCGCAUCACUGAGCAUCAUCGUUGCUAGUAGACAAUGACAAUGUGGGAGGAGUUUCAAUGGCUUCAAAUGUAAAUAUAUCAAAUGCAGCUGCCUGGGGUAGUCAGGGGAUUACACUGCAGUUCUACAAGUGGUGUCAGGUGUGGGAUGGUGAGCUGUUUAGAGGCCCAGUGAGUUUUUAACCAUGACUUUUUUUUAUGAAGCAAUUGACCUGGUAUGAUCUCAAUUGAAUAGACGUGUGCAGAAAACCGAUGAGGAAAAUCAAAGAGGUUCUUGAUAUCUAUCCCAGAAUAAUAAAAAAAAGACUGUACGUUAAAAGCAUCCUAUUGAUUCCUAAAGGGUUUGUUAAACGGUUGGAGUGAUGGAGCAGAAGAAGAAUCUCUGCGCUCCCCCUCUCUCUUUUAUUAAUGAACAAUCAAUUCAUUAUGGCACGCGCAGGUGGAGACACACACACACACAGUGCACAGAUAUAAAUAAUCCUUACAGAAAAAAAACGCACACCUGCUGCAGGAAGCUGAAUUGAACUCUAGCGUCUGGGAUAUUUUAGCGGAGAUCACGUGGUGGAGCAUCCAUGGAUCAUAACAGUCAGAAUGGCAGGAGAGCUUGUCAUCAAUGGCAGGGACAGAAACACCGCUGGCUCAUGAUUUUUAGAGACAUGAAACGUCAAACGGCCCCAUUCCAAACAAAGCUCGCAUCAACAGUCUGCACGGAUGGAUCAUUUUCACGCGUCGUCCUACACCGUGCAGAGAAGCUUCACCCGAAACCUGUACGAUAAAACGCGCACAGACAAUGACGCGUCUUCUUACCUGUGCCAUGAGCCAAAUCGAUGCCCGGUUCGGUGAGUAUGUUCGGGUCACUUUGAGAUCUGCCUCGUUGCAGACAGCCUUCUAGUCCAUCUGACGUGGCCAUGGGGAGACACAGCGCUGGAAUCCUGAAUAAAAUAUUAAAACACCCAACCGGAGGCAGGCAAGGUCAGGAGGAAGCAGCAGCGAGCCAGUGCAGAUUUAAUUCGCUCUGACAACAGCCGCUCUCAGCAUCUACCGGGGAGCCAUGGCUGAGCGCAAAUUCCCAGUGUGUGUGUGUGUGUGUGUGGAUGUGGGAGGGGUGAUGUGCCCCCGAUGAUGCCCGUCUCUGUCAAGCCACUGAAAAAGCUUAAAAACAUACACACGGCUGAGAAAUCGUUUUGGGUUUUAUUUAAACCGUACGUUUUUAUCAAACGCGUCCCCGACUUGCAUAUGUAUUUAUUACAUUCCUCUUGUUUUUAUUAACGAUUCUUUUAAUUUGCGAUGCCCAAACGUGAUUUUUGAAGGAGCAAUUUCACAGAAGGUUUUUUUUUUAUAAGCACAUGAAAUAAAAACCAUUAAUAUCUAGAAGAAGAAGCUCAUUGGCUGCUGGACACGUGACGCGGAAGUGGACGUCUCCGUUCACUCGGAAGAAAGAUGGCCGCCCUCUGUACUACUGGACGUUCACUGUUGCUAGUUUUGUUUUCUUUGUCUGUUUUUGUCUGUGUCUGCGGCCGAGAUGUGAACGACAAGGUUGACCCGGGAGGAGCAGAGGAGACACGGUGGGAAGCAACCGAGGACGUUGCCGGUGCAGACGAAACACACAGGUUUCCUCGUGAGGUUCCUCAGUCCAGUGAUGACUUCCAGGAGGAGCUGGUGUUCAGACCGCUGCACUCUGGAGACAUUUACGCCAGCUUCCAAUUCAGAACCCUGUGGAAAACAGACUUCUCCAAAGGAAUUAAAGUGUCACACUACCGGCUGUUCCCAAAGUCACUGGGUCAAGUCAUCUCCAAAUUUUCCAUCCGUGAGCUGCACAUUUCCUUCACGCAGGGAUACUGGAGAACCAUGCAAUGGGGGCAGCCGUUCCUGCCAUCUCCCCCUGGUGCAGAGCUCUGGGUCUGGUUCCAGGAUUCCGUCACUGAUGUGGAUGCUACGUGGAAGGAGCUGACCAAUGUGUUAUCUGGGAUCUUCUGCGCCUCGUUGAACUUUAUUGACUCCACAAACACAGUCCAGCCCAGUGCUGCAUUCAAACCACUUGGUCUUGGAAACGUCACAGAUCACAGUUUCCUUCGCUAUGCCACGCUUCCACGUGAGAUUGUGUGCACUGAAAAUCUAACGCCUUGGAAGAAACUGUUGCCGUGUGGUUCCAAGGCUGGCCUCGCUGUCCUGCUCAAGUCCGAGAAAGUCUUCCACAGCAGCUUCCACUCUCAGGCGGUCCAUGUCCGACCCGUGUGCCAAGACUUGGAGUGUAAGGCCACAUCAUUGGAGCUGAGGCAGACGCUCAAUGUGGUGUUUGAUCUACACACCUCUGGUCAGGGCAAACGAGAGUGGUCUCUGUUCAAGAUGUUUUCACGCACCCUCUCUGAAGCUUGUCCGCUGGCCUCGUCCAGUAAAAUCUACGUGGACAUCACAGAAAACCCAGAGGGCGAGCUGUUCGAGUUGAGUCCGGCGACUCCUCUGCUGAGUCAGACCGUGGUCCUCGGGGAUCGACGCACUUUCUCUGUCUACGAUUUGACCCAACAGUCCACCUUCGGCUCCAUGCGCUCCCUCAACAUGGCUAUUCGCUGGAAAUCCAACGAAGGCAACAUGCUGCGACCGCUGCUCCACGCCGAGCGCUACGUGGCUGGCUACGGGCUGCAGACGGGCGAGAUCCACACAGUGAUGUACAACCACCACCCCUACAGGUCGUUCUCGGUACUGCUGCUGGAAUCAGUGCCGUGGUACCUUCGUUUGUACAUCCACACACUCACAGUCACGAGCAAGGGCAAGAUCAACACCCCGAGUUACAUCCACUACCAGCCCUCUAAGGACCGCCUGCGGCCUCACCUGCUAGAGAUGCUCAUCCAGCUCCCUCCGAACUCCAACACCGAGGUCACAGUGCAGUUCGAGAGAGCCCUGUUGAAGUGGACCGAGUACACACCUGACCCCAACCACGGCUUCUACGUGGGAUCUUCAGUAGUCAGCGCACUUGUGCCCAGCAUCGUCGCCAUGGAUACCAAUAACACUCAGGCUCGUCCACUUUUCGCCAGCUUUUUCCCUGUCAAGGAAGAGUCCAGCUACUUUGUCCGUGUCUACACGGAGCCUCUGCUGGUCAACCUGCCCACCCCAGACUUCAGCAUGCCCUACAACGUCAUCUGCUUGACUUGCACUGUGGUGGCGGUGGGCUACGGGUCGCUCUACAACCUGCUGACCCGCAGCUUCCAGGUGGAGGAGCCCAGCCCAAGCCUUGCCAAGAGGAUUGCCAAUGUCAUCCGAAGGAUGAGGGGCGUACCGCCGCUGUGAGUCCGCCGACAGUGACGGUAAAUAUUCUCAGGGAGCACAUGUUUGAUCACUUGCCGUGGGAAUGACAAACGUCUGGGCUCUGGACAUGAACAAAUGAGGCUGUGAGGGAUCACAGCGGGUGCGGGAGUUGGGAAUGUUUUGAAGCCUUAACUGAAUUGAAUUUAGGGUCAACCAGGAAAGGUAGGAGCAAUGUGAAGUCACUGAUGGACCUGUUUUGCAUUUUGUCAAUUUGCUCAAAUGUAAAAGGAAGAAACAAAAUGAAGGUAAUUGUCACCGAGUUACAGGAGCCAGGUCAGGUCUCCUCACUUUAAAUGUAAUGGCUGACCAAUUUGGGGCGUCAUGGGAAAGGAAAGAGAUGAAUUAAUUUCCAAAAUAUAAUUUUUUGUAUGUGUUUUCCUCAUUUUUCUCAAUUUCUUUUUUUUUAAUAGCACUUUAUUUUUAUUUUUUCAAACAUUCUGGUUUCAACAAUCUUGACUCACCCAAAUACCGCGUCUUUCCAUCUUUACUCGGGGUUCGUUGACCUGCUUUAUCGCGGCAAGAAUGUUCAAAAGAAAUAGAAACGUUAAUUUUACCUGAAGACACUCGGUGCAUUGAAAUUCAUAUUCCAAUAUUAUGGUCUACACUCAACUAUUUAUUACAGUAAUCAUUCAUUUUGAAAAACUAGGUGAAACCUGAAAUCCGUUUUAUUUAUUUCGGGGAGAUAUUAUCAUGUGGAGGUCUGUACGCGGUGUUCCAGUAAAUUCUGAGAGGAAUUUAAAUGUUUGUUUUCACAAUAAACUGAUGGUUUUGUUUAACAUUUUGUCGACACACGCUUUUAUCGCCGGCCAUUCGAGAAGAUUUUGCAUGAGAGAGGCAAAACUGAAAAUGAUCUGUGUUUUUAUUCAGCACGGUGCAUGAAUUGAGUGUUUAAAAACAUCCCGUUUAAUAUUGAGUUGAAGUUAAAUGUGGAGGUUUUGCAGAGAUUCAGGUCGGAGGAAAGAGAUCAUGGAAGUAAAAAGCAAAUGAUCUUUAGUGUCGAUCCUUGUGUCGAGAAUCAUGUCAGCAGAGCUCCGUGCAGGCGUGGCCACAUGUGGUCUUGCAGCACUUCUGCUCCUCGGGACACUCGCCGUCGUGGUAGCAGAACUCGGCGCACAUGUUUGUGGCCACUGGUGCCGGACAGCGACCAAGCUUCACUGGAGAAGUCAAACAAACACAAAUCUGUUUUUACGCAUUCAUUUUUUUAACAUUGUCUUUGAGUUGAUUAAACAAAGGCAUAUUUUAUACAGGAAUAUUCCAAAAAUAAAAUGUUGCAGAUCUUGGUGUAAAAGUCCAGAAAAUAAUGUGAAAAUGAAAGUUUUGCGAUAUUACUGUUGGAAGUACAAUCACUAAUCUCACAUAAAAUAGUAUUUUUGAUGCAAUUUAAAUUUCUAGUGCAACUAAGAAUUGUGUUUAAAAUUCAUAAAAUGCUUAGGAAAUAAUUAUGACUGAAUCUUCAAAAAAUGACUAAUAAUAACAAAUAAUUUGCGAAAUAUUUAUGUUCGUAAAAAGGUUUCACUAGCCCUUUUAUCCCAAUUUUGCAUUUCUAUUGUAAAAUAAAUCAUAAUUUUGUCUCUCCACUUCCUGGAGUCAAACCUUCUAGGUGUUUAACAUGUGCUUUAUGAGGGAAUAAUGAUCAUCCCAUGUCAGGGAUGAGUUCACCUUUGUACGGCACCAUGCACUCAUGUCCACAUCCGUUCGAGCAGCAUUUCUCGUUUCUGGGACAGUCGCUGUCAUCGGAGCAGUAUUCAGCGCACAAUCCAAAACCCCAUUUUCUGUCGGGACACUUGCCCACUUUGUCUGGAAGAGCAGCAGAAGUUGGAUUUGUCUGCGCCUCUGUUCCUGAAACUACUCUACAGUCUCACCAAAUGCAGCCGGAAGACAGACAGACUUGCUGUUAUAGACACAGCAUUUGUGGUUCCCGGGACAGUCGUCAUCACACUUGCAGCCCGUCUGGGAUGGCGCAACCUUCAGGAGGCGAGGGCAGCGACCUGGAUUUGGAUGAAGAGUCCUUUUGUUUUUGGCUGCUGCUGAAAACAAAACAAGAGUGGGAGGAAACAAACCUGUGGAUCUCCUCAGGCCUCCUGCAGCAGCCUCAGCAUGGAGGGACAGAAGUGCAGCGAGGAGCAGCAGACU